AUGGAUUCAUUAAACUGCACGGAAAUCGUUAAUGAAGAUUUUCAAAUUCCAAAUUAUGUUACAGCUGAAGCUGUUAAAAUAAAUGAGGUUCAUGAUUUUGAAAAUAGUGAAGGAUUUUAUUUAACAUCAUUGGAUGCACCUAUUAUUUUAAACGCCCCAAAAUCAAUAUAUGAGAAUGAUAAAGUUGCAGUAGAAAAUAACACAAACAGAUUUCUACCGUAUUCGAGGGCAUAUCCAAGUUCAUCUACUAGUACUUCUACUCAGUCACAUACAAAAUAUGGAUUUUAUAAACCCAUGCAGUGGACUAAAGAGACUGUAUUAGAAUUGUUAUGUUCUACAAAUGAUGGACGAUUUAUUAUUGCUGAUGAACAAUCACAUAAUGGUUACUUAACUGAUGAUGGGCAAAAUAUGUUGACAAAGUUGCUAAUUAAUUAUUUAUUCCAAGAUCAGUGCAAAGGUACAGAUUUAUUUUUUCGAAACAUUGCCAAGAUAAUAACGGAAAUAUUUCCAAAUGAAUUAGAGAGUGUUUAUUUUAUACCUGCAAAUCAAGAAGGGCAAUCUCAUGCAAAAGGUAAAUUAAUAGAACGUUGGAAAAAUGUUUCAAGGCGUUUAAGAAAAGUUGGUGCAUUAGAAAGUCAAAAGAAAAAACUUGAUGAUUCAACAGGCACUUUGAUACCAUAUGUAUUUUCAGAUGAAGUUAAAUUAGCUAAAGAGUGGCUUAGUAAUGAUGGAUUAAACGCUUCUUUCAAUGAAAUUUUUAAAAAAUGGGAAAUAACAUAUGAACUAAGAUGCGCUGAAAUUCAAAAUAACUUGAAUUUGUCAGAUGUAUUUGAAUUGUGGCCCAUUCUUCAAAACCCAAGAGGAUAUGAAUUGGUUGAAAAAGAUUUUGAACUUCAGUACCCUAAUAGAGAAGAAUUCAAAGAUUGGAAUAUUUUCCUAAGAAACUGGACUUGUUUUACUAGAUCCAUUGUUAACAUUAGACGAGGUUCUGUUAAAGAUAAACAUGCUCUACAAUUACUUUCCCAACUUGAUUCAGCAGAAUUAAAUAAAGAAUACCGAACUAUCAACAUUAUUAGACUGCUACUUUUACCUUAUCUCAUCCCUACAAAAACUCAGAUUAAAAAUCCAAAAAUUAAUGCAGCUAAGAAAUUCUGGAAACCGUCCUUAGAAGAGUCAGCUUCUGCGUUUGUUACACAUGUUACUAACUUAACUACAUUAGAACACAGUAUUUCUAGAAGACGCAGAAAUUAUAUGGAGCAUGGUGCAACAAUUCAACCAUUUUUAAUCAUAGUUGGUAAAACUUUAUCUGAUAUUGAAAAUAGUUAUAUUCAGGUUAAUGACCAAUUGUGGUCAACCAACUGUCCUUUAAAAGCUCUUAGUAUAUGUUUUAAGACUUACUUCUCUUUUAAUUGCUCUUACCCUAGAGAGUGCUAUGAAACAUGGCUGCUUAUUCAAAUCCAUGUAUUUAAUUUAAAGACCAAGUAUGAUAAACCAACAGCCAUAACAAAUACUUUGUCUAAAAAAUUAGAUGCUCUUCAAUAA